UCCGUUUCCUUCAUGAAAUCCUCCAGCAAACAAUAAUACAGGAAAUGAUAAUGUUUAUCAACAUAUAUAAAACCAUGUGUAAAUACAGUGCUAUCUGUAAGCGCUAAACCCAUUGUAUCUAUAGAUAGCUAAAUGUCAGUGAAUGUGAAACCUCUGAUUACUGUGGCACAGGAUGUAAGAAUGGCUGUUUGCUGGCAGUGACAGCGGGAGGACCUGUGUUAGGGAAGUGGUGGCUAAUAACCCGCAGGCUGAUCCAGAAAAGAACAACCAGAUCUGUUCGUGAGUGUUAUGUACAGAACACACAUCCAAUAUGUCCCUGACAACAGCAACCAGAGUACUUGGCAGAGUCUGUACAGUAGUGCGUGGCGCAACCGGUGGACUGAGAGCGCACCGCUGUGAGUCACCUGGGAUAGUAUGUGCGGCAGCAAAACUCCACACAGGAAGCUCAGAUACAAUUUUACCAAAGAAAAACAUGCUUAUUUGUGUUGAGGGGAACAUAGCAAGUGGAAAAACUACCUGUCUUGAAUAUUUCUCUACUACUGGAAAACUGGAGGUUUUGAAGGAACCUGUGGCUAAAUGGAGAAAUGUUCGUAACCAUAACCCUCUGGCUUUAAUGUAUGAAGAUCCUUUCCGAUGGGGGUUAACAUUACAGACCUACGUACAGCUCACUAUGCUGGAUAUACAUACCAAACCUACAGUGUUUCCUGUUAAAAUGAUGGAAAGGUCAAUUUACAGUGCAAAGUACAUAUUUGUAGAAAACUUGUAUAAAAGUGGAAAGAUGCCGGAAGUAGAUUAUGUGAUCUUAACAGAGUGGUUUGAAUGGAUCGUAAAGAACAUUAACCUCUCAGUUGACCUUAUAGUUUAUCUACAGACAACUCCAGAGACCUGUUAUCAGAGACUAAAGAAGAGAUGCAGAGAGGAGGAAAAGAUUAUACCACUUGAAUAUCUGUAUGCAAUUCACAAUCUGUAUGAAGAAUGGCUUAUUAAACAGACCUCUUUUCCAGUGCCAGCACCUGUACUUAUAAUAGAAGCUGAUAAAGACUUGGAGGAAAUGAUACACUGUUAUGAAGAGCACCGUGGGAGGAUCCUACCAGAAGAUGAUUCGCAGCUGUGCUUGUAAUGCUUUCAUAUUCACAGCAGACUAAAUAUCAGUUCAAUAUACACAACACUCCUGGGAGCAAUUAUAUAGUUUAACUAUACACCUAGGCGUUAAAGUGAAUGUAAAUUUUGAUGCUAAAGUGCCCGGUUUUUAAAACUUCGAUUAAAAACAGGGGCACUUUAAUUCAUCAAAAUUUACAUUUCACUCCUGUUGUGAAAAAAAACUUACCUUUUAAUCUUCACAGCAGCUCCAGCUUCCUCCACCCGUUUCAAAGCCUCUUCCUGGGUCUAAAAUAAGGCAUCCGGCUUCCUCCAAUCACAGCAGUGAAUUAGACACUGAAUCCCCCGGGGGCAAGCUGUGAUUGGAGGAUGACCUAUCAAUCAUUUCUGACAUCAGUAAUGGCUUGUGAGACCGGAGGAAGCUGGAGCUGCUGUGAAGUUUAAAAGGUACGUUUUUUUGUCACAACAGGAGUGAUAUGUAAAUUUUGAUGAAUUCAAGUGCCCCUGUUUUUAAUCAAAGUUUUAAAAAACGGGCACUUUAGCUUUAAUGGACCAGCAUAAUAAUUUUUUUUAAUAGAUAAAGUGCAAAUUAUUAUUUUUUUACAUGUCAAGAGUCCAUAGUGCUUAUUUACUUUUUUAUUUAUUUUUCAUAGUGUACAUUAUUCUGAUUAUUUUUUGGUUUUAUUGUAUUUAUAAAUGUUUUGAAGUUUGAUUUUUUUUUUUUUUUUUUUUUUUUUUUGUGCUGCAAUAUCUUAUCUCGGUCCAAUAACUUUUUUCUUAGUAACUGAAAAAGUUAAGAUAUAUAGAAAAUAUCUGUAUCUAAGUGAUUUAAAUUAUGUGGAGAUAUUUUUGACUGAUGAGAAUUUUUUACAAAACGGAAAUUACAAAAUACAAAUAUUUUAAAAGUUAAAAUUAUUAAAAUCUUAGGAUGACAAAGUAAUUCUUUAAAUUAUCUUUGUAACUCCAAGAAUUUAUUACAUUGGGUAUUUGACAUGAAGUAGUAGAAAAAUGUAUUUCACCAAAAAAUUGAGUUAGUUUUCAAUUGGAAAAUUUAUUUUUGUUUUACUUUUAAUUAUUUGGCUUGUUACAGUUGCGUUGCUGAUUUUAUUUCCACAAUGAGAUUUGCAUUAUAAAGCAAACAUAAGUGUAUAUUGCAAGACAGUUUGACGCCUUUUUUUUUCCUGCUCCUUUAUAUGGGUCAUUAUUUUUAAUUAUGAAACAGUCAGCUUCAUUCUUAAAAUCAUACUUUAUGUUUACAAAUAUAUCACUUCUAUCUGAUAGAAUCAAAUAUAUUAUGUGACCCUGGAGGUUUAAAAGUUUUUGUUGUUGUUUUUUUACCAUUUGUUUAGUGUAUGUUGUGGAGAUUUACCAUAAAUGUAAACUAUUAUUAGGAUGAAAACUGUUACUAUUUUAUGCAGACCUAUAUUGGUAACAUCUUAUAUACUGGACACCUGGAAUAAUAAAUAGAGAAAAAAAAA